CUCAAUUCCCCGUGGUUGACAGAACGCAGAUAACCUAUUGUGUAGCUUUGCGCUAAAUAACAAACACUCAAAAGAUCAUCCUUAAAAUAGUUAUGUUUAAGGGACCUAAUAUUUGUGAUUGAAAUAGCUUUAUAUUGCAAUUUUUGUUGCUGUCGUUCCCACCUCCUUGCGGAUUUUAAAUCAGGGACAUUUUUAUCUGGUCAGUUUUGACUCUAGUUACAACUUACAGGAGGCACUAUCAGUAGCAACCAACGUAAAGCGGUAAGAUUUUCCCCCCUAAAUUCAGUACAGAGAAACGGAACUCCUGCUUUUCAAUUCUUUGGGUGAAUGAAGUUCAUAGAUUCAGCUCUGUAAAUUGACAGUUGAGUGUAUAAUCCAGGUUAUUAUGUGUUAUAUCAACUUGUCUCAACUCAGACAGACAUGACUAUGGCCUCUGUCAAAGCAGGUAUCAUGAACUCUGCAAGUCGCAUUUCUGCACUCUCUAAUAAUAUUAUGAAUAAUACCAUUAAUCAGAAUCUUCCAAUAGCAAGUAACAUAAUUUCUGAUGAUGUUGGAUGGAAAGCUAAGCUUUGUCUUCCUCCAAAAGACAACAGAAAAAAGACAGAGGAUGUGACAGAAACAAAAGGAAAUGAAUUUGAGGACUUUUGCAUAAAAAGAGAGUUGCUGAUGGGAAUAUUUGAAAAAGGGUGGGAAAAGCCAUCACCUAUCCAGGAAGCAAGCAUCCCUAUUGCUCUUUUAGGUCGAGAUAUUUUAGCCCGUGCCAAAAAUGGAACAGGCAAGACAGGUGCCUAUAUUAUACCUACACUACAAAAAGUAGAUUUGAAACUUGAUUAUAUACAGGCCCUAAUUAUGGUCCCUACUCGAGAGUUGGCCCUCCAGACAAGUCAGAUCUGUAUAGAACUAGCAAAAUAUAUAGGUACAAGGGUAAUGGUCACAACUGGUGGAACAAGCUUGAAAGAUGACAUCAUGAGGAUUUAUGAAAAAGUUCAUAUUGUCAUUGCCACCCCAGGAAGAAUACUAGAUUUAAUGGAGAAAAAUGUUGCUCAAAUGGAUAAAUGCAACAUGCUAAUCUUAGAUGAAGCUGACAAGUUGUUGUCCCAAGAUUUUAAAGAAAUGCUAGAUAAGAUCAUCAGUUAUUUGCCAAAGGAUCGCCAGGUUCUCGUGUACUCGGCUACAUUCCCACUCACUGUUGAACAAUUUAUGAGAAAAUACCUAAAAGGGCCAUAUGAGAUCAACCUAAUGGAUGAAUUGACUUUAAAAGGUAUAACUCAGUACUAUGCUUUCGUUCAAGAGAGACAGAAGGUUCAUUGUCUGAACACAUUGUUUUCUAAGCUACAAAUAAACCAAUCCAUCAUUUUCUGCAAUUCAACUCAACGAGUAGAACUUCUUGCCAAGAAAAUCACAGAGCUGGGUUAUUCUUGUUACUACAUUCAUGCUAAAAUGUCUCAGCAACAUCGUAACAGAGUCUUCCAUGAUUUUCGUGCUGGUCUUUGCCGGAAUUUGGUCUGCUCAGACUUAUUCACUAGAGGUAUUGAUAUUCAAGCAGUAAAUGUGGUUAUCAAUUUUGACUUUCCUAAAAUGGCAGAAACAUACUUGCAUCGUAUUGGUAGAUCAGGUCGAUUUGGACACUUUGGCAUUGCUAUUAACCUGAUCACUUACUCUGAUAGAUUUUCUCUACAUCGCAUUGAACAAGAACUUGGAACAGAGAUAAAACCAAUACCUAAGGUGAUUGACAGAAGUUUGUAUGUUGCGGAAUUACAACAUGAUGAAAAUGAUGAAAGGAAUGCAAGCAAGUAGAUGUUAAGCUUCAAAUAUUCUUUUCCAUAAGAAAAGUCUAAGGUCAAGUGGAAAUAUCAAGAAAAAAUGACCUAGUCUGGUAUGCUAUUAAUCUUGACAGCUUCUCUACUCAAAAGAAUUAUUGGUCAUGACUGAAAAGUGUUAUUUAAAUUGUGUACCUAACACUACAGAAUGGGAUUAUUUAUUUUUGUUUGAGCUUGUGAAUAUUGCAAGCAGCAGUGUUAACCAGGAAGGUGUUACCAUUAAUGCCAAACAUUACUGUAAAUAUACCUAAAGUGACUUGACACAAAUGACUUCAUCUUCGUGAACAGUUUCUGGCAAGUCCUAAUAACUCUUCCAAAGUGAAAAUAACACUGUAUUUCAAAUCUCUUCAAAUGAUGUUCAAAGUGACAGUUCUUGUUCCACAAAAAAGUGUACUAAGACCUUAUUCUAGUAGAAUGAGAAGAAAAAAUAUAUCAGAAUGUUUGUAAAACUGUCACAGGAUUCAAUUGAUAUACAUCUGUGCCAUGCCAUUAUAGACAUCUAAAUUAUAAUCUGUAUUUAGAGGCACUUUAAGACUUCGUCCAGCCACAUUACUUCAGUUAAGUGGUAUCUAUCAUGUAUAUGGCAUUGACUAUCUGAUGAGUGAAUUAUUAAAGUAACAUAUGCUUGGUUACAUCAUAAAUAACAUGUUUUAACUUGCUUCUUCAUAUGAAAAUGAAACAUAUGGUGAAGAACCCAAACAGUCACUGCCAGCAUGUUUGUACAUUUUCUACUUGGAUCUUUCUCAAAUUGUGGGGAGGUCAUAUCACAAACGUUUUAAUAUAUGGAAGGAGCUUUGAAUAACUGUAGGUGACCUAAAGUUGUACUGUUUCAGUGAAGUGAAAGAACAGUAAUGUGAUUGUAAUUGUUAUUUCUGUAUAAACCUUCCUUAACUGAGUAUAUUAGACAGGACAGAAAAUAUUCUGACUCACUCUACAUUGUAAAUUGUGGCUAAUCAAAAAUUGGAACUUUUAAGCUGUUCCUGGAACAGUUGAAUAUACAUAUAUAUAUAUUCAUCAUAUUGACAAAAAAAGCACAAGUUCAGAUACUUCCCAAAAUUAAACUUAUAUUUGGAAGUGAAAUUGCUGGGUUUGUAUAACCUUAAGAAGUAACACAAUUGAUAUUCAUCACAAGUUCAGAUACUUCCCAAAAUUAAAUUUAUAUUUGGAAGUGAAAUUGCUGGGUUUGGAUAACCUUAAGAAGUAACACAGUAUUAUCUGGUUUGAACUUAAGGCCAUUUUCAGUUUAACAAGACUACCUGUACAGAUUUAAUUAGAAUAGUCACAUGCAAUAUUUCUAUUUAAAAUAGUCAAAUUAUGUAUUUCACUGAAUAUAUUUGAAUUUUCAGGCAUAUACUGAGUCUUACCUCUCAUUUUUGUGUUUUUUCACAUGUGAACACUAAAAAUUUGUGCCACUUAAUUUUACAUACUCCUUUUAGCCAUUGUCCUUGAAGCUUUUUAAGAAAUUAUGAAAUUCAUUGUGUUGGUUAGCUUCUUGUUAUUUCAUGUUUCAAGGCAGUGUUCACUGGUGGUUGAUAUAGUGUCCAUGUUGGAACAAAAUAAGUAAUGUGUAAUUUUGAAUUUACAUUGAUAUUAAGUCAGUACUAACUGUUCUUGUCUUUCUGGUCAAAUGUAGUCACUGAGUUUCAAACAUAAGCUUUUAGUUUUUUAGUUGAGAUUGAAUGCCAAGGGCAUGGCCUCCCAUGAAUACCCAUUGUUCAGAUAUUGUAUGGUUGUGCAGACCUAACUGAGUGGCUGUCAAAUGUUUGGCUUCUUAAAAAUCUAAUAUAAUAAUCUUUGUAACAGAUAUAUUCAAAGUAUGCCAAUAAAUAACUGAUUUCAUCUUCCUUCAAUUAAAUCUGAAUAAUGAUGUUAUGCCAUAUCAACUUUUUGUACCCUGAAGAGUAGGAAAACUUAAAUUUAACAUUCAUAGCAAGGCAGUAAACAUUAUAAAAUAUAAAGUUUUACUGAAAAAACUUAUUUAUUUAAGAGGUUUUAGAGAUUAUGCAAAUAAAAUUUCACGAUUUUCAGGUGAAAAGUAUUUUUAAUCGUAACAUGAAAAUCACUUUGACUCCAUAUAUUCGCUGUCAAAUUUUGAGAAAAAUACUUAAUUAAAAAAAUCUGAUUUUUUGUGUCCAACAGCCUUGUAAUAUUUGCUGGAAUCUUGUCAUAUUUCAUGAGAUACAAAAAACGUCAAAAGCUGUAGUAUGGAAACACUAAUGGUCACAAGGUCAGUGUAAUCCAUGAAGCCAGUAGUGAGAAGGUUAAUAGCUUAAUGUGAAAACUAGAACUGUUAUUUAUCUUCUUUUUUUUUCUUUUUUUUCAUUUCUUUCUUUGCCUAACAUCCUACUUUUUUAAGAUAUAACCUGUUUGCUUUUAUGAUGGAUCUCAAUCAAAAAAUAAGUAUUUCCAAAAAAUUUGGGGUAACAAAAAGCCCAGUUAAUUAGCAACGUUACUUGUUGAAUUUAGGACAAAAGUUUAUGCAUUUUAUCUGCAAUGUUACUGACAUGGGUAACUUGUUGAAUCAUAAUGCAAAAGAAAAAUAUUGUGAAUCAAAUGAUUUGGAACAUGGUAAUUAUUUUAUUUUCUCAUUAUUUAUCUUGAGUGUACACAUUUAAUAUUUUUGGUAACAUUUGGCAAUCAGAAGUUAACCAGUUAUACUGUUGGAAAUACACUGUAUUACUUGUGUAAUAAUGAAAUUGCCAUCAAUUCCAAUAUUCUCACGACAUGCAAGAAAAUGGUUGUUAUAUCUUGUAAAAAUUUAUCAUUUUUGACCUGUGAAGCACUUUAAAAAUAUAUGAUGUAAUAAGUAAAAUGUUGGUUAUUUCAAAUUGCUUUGCAGUUUUUUCCCACGUACUUGUCUUUAUUAGGCCGACACUUACCACCAAGAAUUUUAUUUUGCACAAACUAUUAAUAUUUGUUUCUUUUUAAUUUAAUUUAAUUUUGUUAAUAGAAUUAAAAAAUUACUUGACACAAUUAAGAAUAUUAGCUAACUUACAAUUAUCAUGAAUUGGUCUCUCGAUUAGCAGAGUUAAUUUUUAAGAUUUUACAUAAGUUUUGUUUAAUACUGCAUAUGUUGUCAAAUCAUAAAACAUUUUUGAACCUAAGGGGAGGAAGUUAUUAAAUUUUGCAAUGGAAUAAUAAAUGACUCUUCUAAAUUA